GAUUUCAGACGCGCUAGCAAUAGCGCCACCGCAACAAGGAAAAGUGGUGAAAGAGAAGUAGGAUGCGGUUAAAUGACGGUAAUGAGCGCGUCGGUUGAACGGGGAAAGAGGGAAGUGCGUCCGUCAGUGUGCUUUUGGCUGAUUCAGGCGGUUAAUGAGUAAGCAGCGGCCGCCGGAGUCUCCCACGGACACUAUGGUUUGUGUUUUCGCGAACAGCUGAGAGGGAGCAGCAGCAGAAAGUGUGCAGCAGCAGACGAGGCUGAGAGGAGCACACACACACACACAGUCAUGGGCCAUCCUGCUCUGGAGUUCAGUGACUGCUAUCCGGACAGUCCAGACUUCAGAGAGACUCUUAAGUGUUACGAAGUGGAGCUGGAAAGAACCAACAAGUUUCUCAAAGAGGUGAUUAAAGAUGGCAACAGUGUCAUCAACGCAAUCAAAGGCUAUUCUUUGGCUGUACAAAAGUUUUCUCAGACACUUGGUGUGUUCCAGUUCGACUUCAUUGGUGACUGUCUGACAGAUGAUGAGAUAAACAUUGCUCAGUCAUUCCAGGAGUUUGCUGGCCUGCUGCAGGAAGUGGAGCAUGACAGGAUGAUGUUGGUUCAGAAUGCCUCUGAUCUGCUCAUUAAACCACUGGAGAAGUUCAGAAAGGAGCAAGUUGGAUUGGCAAAAGAGAAGAAAAAGAAGUUUGAGAAAGAGAGCGAAAAAUAUUAUUCACAAUUAGAUAAACACCUCAGUCUUUCCUCCAAGAAGAAAGAGAGUCAGCUUCAGGAGGCUGAUGAACUUCUGGAGAAAGAGCGAUUGAUCUUCUAUGAGUCAUCAGUGGAAUAUGUGUACCAAAUCCAUCAGGUGCAGGACAGGAAGAAAUUUGAUGUGGUGGAGCCUGUGCUAGCAUUUCUUCAGAAUGUGUUAACGCUUAACAACCUGACUGUGGAGAUGACACAGGAUUUCAUGCCUUACAAGCAAGAGUUGCAGCUCAGCUUGCAGAACACGAGAAACCACUAUGAGAGCACUCGGGAGCAGAUGGAGGAGCUGAUGAAAAGAAUGACGCACCCAUUGCAAAUUUCGAAAAUGCGCAGUUUACUGCCAAUGGAGGGCUAUCUGUACUGUCAGGAGAAGUGGGCUUUGGGUAUGACGUGGGUCAAAUAUUAUUGCAAGUAUGACAAAGAGGACCACAUUCUUGUCAUGAUACCUUGUGAACAGAAGCCUACAACUAAACAGGGUCCCACACAAGUCACACUGAAUUCCUGCAUCCGCCGGAAGACAGAAUCCAUAGACAAACGAUUCUGCUUUGACGUGGAAACGAUUGAGAGAAACACACCCGUCACUUUCCAGGCUCUUUCAGAAGGAGACAGAAAGUUGUGGAUGGAAGCUAUGGAUGGAAAAGAGCCUAUUUAUCAUUCUCCAAUUCACAAGCAAGCUGAAAUGGAGCUGAAUGAAAUUGGCUUCAAGUUUGUGCGGAAGUGUAUCAACUUGGUUGAAACAAAAGCACUCACACAAGAAGGAGUGUACAGAACAGUUGGCAGCAACAUCCAAGUGAAGAAGCUCUUAAAUGCCUUCUUUGACCCUACCAACCCUGGUGAUGUAGAUUUCAACAGCACUGACUGGGAGGAUAAAACCAUCACAAGUGCCCUGAAGUUUUAUCUGAGGAGUCUGUCUGAACCUCUGAUGACCUACGGUCUGCACAGAGAUCUUAUGGCAGCUGCAAAGUCAGACAGUCUUGAUUUUCGGCUGAGUGAAAUCCACUCACUUACCUACAAACUACCAGAGAAGAAUCGCGAGAUGCUGGAGAUGCUUAUCAAACACUUGGUCAAUGUUUGUGGUCACAGUAAAGAAAAUCUAAUGUGGCCUUCAAACAUGGCGGUUAUCUUUGGACCCACACUGAUGAGAGCAAAGGAGGAAACUGUGGCCGCCAUGUUGGAUAUUAAGUUCCAAAACAUUGUUGUUGAGAUUCUGAUUGAGGACUACAAAAAGAUAUUCAGUUGUGCGCCAGGAGACAGCGCCACCCCACCCAUCCCUCCUCCACGGAUCACCCCGAGGAAACGGCAUCCAAUCACCAUCUCCAAACGGCCUCCACGUGUCUACCAAGCUCUUAGUCACGACCAUUUCCAGCACGUAGAGAAUGGCCAGAAUGAAGAGUUUCUCAUUGAGGGGGACACCUCAACCAGCCCUGUUCCUGUGCAGCGGGGAAAACCUGUGAGCUAUGCUCCACUUGUUCCAAGAGAACCUCCUCCGAGACAUGCGCUGCCCAAACCUGCUUCCCGUCAGGACAGGCUUUCAGACUCUGAUGUUGGCAAAGAGGUUGCCAAGAUAGAUGAUACCAGGCAAAAGACAGAUCCAUCUCUGGGGUCAAAUGGGGCGUCUGGAGUUUACGUAAGCCGUGUUGCAUCUUUCCAGGGCAAAAGACUGCCGCCGAAAGGCAUCAGAGAAGCAGAUUGUGACGGUCCGAGCAGAAUACGGCCUACAGAGAAACAUUCCAUUUGUAGACCCCCAGUCAGGCCCCCUGACCCCCCUGCCCGCUACGUCGUGCCUCAGAAGAACUCAACUGCUGCCAGCGCUGAGGCCACUCCCACAUCCUAUGUUGCCUCCAGAACAAAGUUUUUUGAGAAUGCCUCGCGGAAAACUGGCAGCCAACCAGUGUCUUCAGCAGCAGCAGCAACAGCAGCAAGUAUAAAAAAAGAGAAUUCAAGUUGAGACUCAGACGACCUGAAGUAACCUCUGCACUUACUGUUGGGAGCACACCAAACUGGAGCCACCACAAAACUUGGUCACGUUCCACGGGCUGGGGAGAAUCAAUCGCCAGAAAACUGAAUGGUUUUAAUAUUACAAAUUGUGUUGCACAUACACACAGUAGUUAACUUUGAGCUUUCAGCAUAACAGUACUUCAUCAGUAUUCCAAAGGUUGGAUUUCCUUGUUUAAUUCCUCUGUUAAAUAAUAUUUUGAUAGUUCUUCAGCGUUAAAUGCUCUAACAUUGGUGGAUUAUUUCAGCUUCUGCAGAGUAUUCUGUUUGUUUAUGCGCUUCACACUUUUUUUGUAGCUAAAAGAAAAACAAAGUUGCUUGGUUAGAUUCUCACUUUAAUCAUGAUCUAAAUGUGAGACAUGGGUUUAGGUAUUAAUCUCUAGAUUUUAUGAAAGGACCAUCUAUUGGCAAAUGAAACUAUGAUUGACAUUUAAGUCACAACUCUCUUGCUGUACAUUGUAGCAGACAGUUCGGCACUGCAUUUAUCUUCAGCCUCAUGUAGUUUUAAAAUAGUUAUCUGAAGUGCUAAUCCUCCCGUAAAACCCAUGAAGAGCGGUCAGCUGUAGCUGAUUUGGAAUAAAACUCCAGUAAGGGUCCAAUAAUAAGUUCUGACCCCUUUGAACUUGUGCAUGUUUUUUACAAUUUAUAUCAGGCACCAACACCAACAACAUUUGGCUUCUUUAUACAGGUUUUGUUUAAUUCAUCUCAAGAAGGAAACAUUUGUAUCAAGAAAUAUUUCUUUAAUUAUUAUUUUAUGCCAUGGAAUGCAUAAAGGAGGAGUUCAGGUUUUUUUUUUAUUAUUAUUACUAAUCAAGCCUCUUGCUGUGUUACUUGAGGGAAUUAAAUGUCUUUUUCCACAUAAUGCUGAAAAGGAAAUAGAAGGGUAUCAGUGUGGAACCUGUAGUAGUGCUCAAAAUGAAUUCAGACUGCACUUUCCCCAGACUUUAUAAUUGUAUAUUGUAGUAAUGCCUGCGUGUAAUGGUAGUAUUGUUCCCAGUCCUGUGUGUAUGAACAAAAAACUUUGAAGAGUUUUGAUCUGAUUUGGGCCACACUUGGUGGAAUGAUUGCAGGAUUACAGACAAAAUGAUUUGUUUAUCAAAAA